AUGGAAGCCCUAGAUUACGCCUAUUGCUCUUCAUUUUUGUCAGCUAUUGAUAGGGAGAGAGAUGGGGGGUUGUCUGGCAACAGCGAUAUUAACGAAAGUAAUGGUCAGAGAGUUUCAACAACAUCUCCUGAUGGCUCCCAGUAUUCCUAUGGAAGAAAUGCAGGGUUUUCUCCUACAAAUAUAACACCUUCUCCUCAAGAAAUUCUUAAUGGUGCAUAUGGCAAUAGCAGCACAGGUGUGACUGGCCCGUUGUCCGAGACUGACGAGAACUGGUCUUUGAACCGUCUAAUGGAUAGUAAUGACACUGCCAGCAGUAGAUAUCCAUAUGGAAAUGAUGGUACUGAUAUGAUUCCUUCACUGGUAGAAACAAACUCUAGAAAUUCAACCAGUUCUGGUAUGAGUAUAACAUCUCCGGCUGGCAGUUUGGGAAGUAACAGUGGAGUCAUCCCCUCGUACCCUUACGAUGGCGUUAAAGCUAGCAAUAAUUUUGUCAUGGCCCAGUCUUAUAUGCCAGAUGUCAACGUUAGUCUUGGCAUCUCCCCCAACUCGUGCUCUUCACCGGCAAAUUCAAAUGGCUAUUACUCGUCUCAAUCUAAUAUCUCAUCUGAUUCGGAUACUUAUAAUCAAAGUAUUGUCAUUGGAGGUAAUUCCAAUGGCAAUCUAUGGACAACAGACCAAUAUGGUAGUUUUGAUAAGGGGGUAUAUGAUGCCAGCAUGGUAGCUCAGCAGAUUCAAGGGAAACAGAUACAGAGUCAGGGACGAACUCAAGUAGAACAGGCACCGAAUCAGAAUCAGAAUCAGUCUUAUCAGAAGCAGCAAGAGUAUGGUGCUGUCAAGGAGGAAAUGUCAGAUGAUGAUGGUGAUGAUGAUGAAGAAGAUGCUGAUGAUGAUCUUGAUUAUGAGGAUUCAGCAUUUAGAGUUAAGGAAGAGCCAAGAUCUCCAAGAAAAACCACAAACUCAACAUCACAUUCAAGAUCUACUAACUCCACUUCACCCCAACAAGAGUCAUCCCAAUCCCGGAGAGCAAACACGAAAGCAAACAGGGUUACGAAACCGAAAAAGGAAAAGACGUCUCAUAAUAUGAUUGAAAAACGGUAUAGAACUAAUAUUAACGACAAAAUACAGGCUCUGAGAGAUUGUGUCCCAUCUCUUUGUUACGCUUUGGAUGGUAAUCAGGGUGGUAAAGAAGACUUAGAGGGUCUUGUUCCGGCAAAUAAAUUGAACAAAGCGACUAUCUUGGUAAAGGCCACUGAGUAUAUUAAGCAUUUGCAGAAAAAGAAUGAAUUAUUGAAUGACGAGAUUUCGAAGCUGAAGUCAACUAAUGCAAAUUCUGGAGGAAGUUAUGGUAGUUCUGCAUACCAAAGGAGGUCUGCACCAAGAAUGGCUCAAGCUCCAAUGACGCCAGAUCCCAGACCACAACCUGUCAAUCAAUCUAAUUCGGGCAUGCUUCCAAAAGCUAUGAUGGUAUCUAUGGCAGGUGUAAUGGCGACCAAUAUGAUGGGUGGUAAUGAUAAUGAUCUUAGUGGUCUUUCUGUAUUACCAGGACUUUCGUUUCUCCGAAGUGUCAAGUAUGGUGGUGUUGAUUGCGGAACUCUUCUUAUGAACGUACUUCAAAUAACGCUAAUAUUGGGUGUUGUGUGGCAGAUCUUCUUUUUUUCGCAAGAUGAAAAGGAGGGCCUGGAGUCGAGCCCUGUAGAUAGUCCUCAACCUGUGGAUCAGGCAGACCCCAAGUUUUUGAAACAAUAUACCUGGUUAACAGUCUCACAACAACUCAUUGUACCCACUGGCAACAAUUUAUUAUCAGCUUUGCCUUCACUCUUAUUUGCUUGUUUUGAAGUUUUCUUAUGCUCAAUCGUUGGUAUGGAUGGUUUCUUGAUUGUUGCUCAGUCGUUCCGCAGAAUCAAGACUGUCGCUGCUUCUGAUUCUAUAAUUAGGUCUAUGGAUUCUCAACUAUGUGGAGGAGAUCUGGUCUGUGAUUACUACAGAAUAUUUUACAUGUUUUUAAGAGGGUUUGCUACUGUUCCGGGUUCAAAGAGAUUUAUCUUGCAAGCAAUUCAGGCUAGAUUGCUAUUUGUAGGGAUGCUGAAGCCCAUAGGAGUCAUGAUUUCCGACAAACUUUGGAAGAAGGGACUAGCUUUGGCAAACGCUGACGCGAGCGAUGAUUCUGAUGAGAAUGAAAGUUUGCCUAGCAAUGUUCUCAAUUUGCUGUGCUGCCCUGAUGUCCUUGAUAAUAGCAUGGUUUCUAGUAUCAACGACAUCGUGUUCAACAAGAGUACCGUGAAGACAUCUCUAGUUUCAUUUGACUCUAUUCUUGAUACUAUGGCUGCAUUAUAUUCAGAAAAGCACAUUCAUAGUCUUCUGGCCUACUCACUUGAAAAUGGAGAAAGCUCAAGCGAGUCGUAUGUCAUUGAUGAAGAUGAGUUAGACGAAAUAGAUUCAAUCGCACCGGAUGGGUCUGAUGCUAAGCAGGCUGUAGCAUUAAUCCGGGCAACCUACAACCGAGGUGACUCGAUCAAAUCUGCUAUGGAACUGUUGAUUCUAGAAAAUGCAACUAUGCCGACAUCUACUUCAACAAUUGCUCCCGUGUCAGCAUCGUCUAAAAUUAACAAGGUAUCUCUCUAUUCGAAUGCUAAUUCGUCAGAAGAGACAUUACAUGCUACUGGAUCUCCGAAGUUAGACUUCAAUACGAAGCUGGAACUAUCACUAAAUUCGACCAUUGCUAUUUAUUGUAGUCUGAUACUCCACUAUCUGGACACUAAUCAGGUUGAGAACGCGUUGGAAAUUGCACGGAAAUUAUCAUCUCAACCUAGUAUGCAUAACAUGGAAUUGUUAGGCUUUGUAUCGCUAUGGAAAGCUUUACUUAAAUUUUAUGAGCUAAAAGCUGGACAGGGUGAUUUGAAGAUAGAGCGACUGUCAGCAAUCGCAAGAAUUUGGAUUGGAAGCGAGAUAGCUGAGUACGAGGGGCUAAAUCUGGAUAAACGUAGAGAAUUGGUCGGACAAUCGGUACAGAUGAAUUUACAUUUCGGUGGCUUGAACCCCGAAUAG